AUGUUCAAGCCACUAUCAACUGCUUACUUAAAGGACUUAUCCAACUAUCUCCACAACAGCCAAGGACUAUUAUUAGUCAAGAAAGGAGACUUCUUUCCCCUCUUCUGGAGAGCCCGGGGGUCCUCCUUUAAGAAAAACACCAUCCAAAAGUCCUUCACGGCCACAGGGAUCUGGCCGCCUGAUCCCACCCCUAUACUCAAAAGAUUCAACCGCAACAGCCCUGAGGUAUCAAGCUCUGAUGAGAGCUCAACUUCUUUACUCAUUGGAUCAGAUUGGCGUAAAAUUAAGGCUCUAGUUGAUCAAACAACAGCUGAUAGAACAAGUAAGGAGGUGAAGAAACUACACAGAUCACUCUAUCACAUCUCAACCCAAAACGAGCUACUCCGCCAUGAGAUGAAGGGACUAAAGGAGGCCCUGAGUACCAAGGAGAAAUCUGAGUUGAAAGAGCAAGCUCGCUUGUACAAACUUCAGGUAGCUCAGGAGAAGCGUGUGGAGCGGCAGAGACUCAAGGAGGUGCGUGAGAAGGAGAGGGCUAAACAGGUAGCUGAACGCGCACGCCAAAAAGCUGAUCGCGACUCUACGAAAGCUAUCCAACAAGCCCAAAACAAUAAGCGCAAGGCCUCAAAAGCUUCUAUCCAGAAUAACAAGCGUCAGAAAUGCGUUGUUGCUGCUAUAGAUGUAGAGGAGCUAUCAGAGAUUGCAUCAGCGCCUCCACCAUUAACUACCCGCCGCGGCCGCAACAUUAAGUUACCGAGUAGAUACAAGUAG